AGGAAAAAAAGUUAAUGGUGUCGACGCCAAAAAUUAAAUUGCAAAACAAAAUAUAGAUCUCGUUUGCUCGCCCAUGGUUCUCCCAGACAAACGCUGCGAGCCUCAAUUUCCUCCAAGAUGUUGUAAUUGAUCCGCCACCGUACUCGUCGGUUUCCGGCCAAAUUGUCGACCUCGAAUCCCAAGUUUUCAGCUUCUUCUCCGUCGCCAAUGAUCCCCUCCAAGCCAGCAUCCGUUGAUGUUACUUCAAUUUCUGAGAUGAAGUAAAUUAAUGAAGGAAAUUGAAGAAAGCAGAACUUAUGACGCAAGGUCUUGAUGAAGAUGAUAGGGAGCCAGCCAUGGAGUCUGGAGAAUCUGAUGAAGGAGGAGUGGGUGUCCGGGAAGUCUGGGCAAAUGGGGUCUGCAUAAAAACAACAGAAGUAGAAGCCAAGCUCGAUGAGGGAAAUAUUCAAGAGGCAGAAUCUUCAUUGCGGGAAGGGUUGUCUCUCAAUUUUGAGGAAGCCAGAGCCCUUCUUGGAAAGUUGGAGUAUCAGAGAGGAAAUGUCGAAGGUGCUCUACGUGUGUUUGAUGGUAUUGAUCUCCAAGCCGCCAUUCAACGUUUACAGCCUUUCGCCGAGAAAACGCCUCCAAAAAAAGGACGUGCACGCCCUGAAUCUCAACAUGCAGUUUCACAGCAUGCUGCAAACCUGGUGCUUGAAGCCAUAUAUUUAAAAGUGAAGUCUCUUCAGAAGCUAGGGAGAGUAACUGAGGCUGCUGAUGAGUGUACAAGUGUACUUGAUGCCGUAGAGAAGAUAUUCCAGCAAGGAAUUCCCGAUGCGCAAGUGGAAAGUAGGCUGCAAGAGACCGUUAGUCAGGCUGUAGAACUCCUCCCUGAGCUAUGGAAGCAGGCUGGCUGUUUCCAGGAUGCAAUAUCUGCCUAUAGGCGUGCCCUCUUAAGCCAAUGGAACCUCAGUAAUGAAUGCUGUGCUAGGAUCCAGAAAGGAUUUGCUGUGUUUUUGCUUUACAGUGGAGUAGUGGCUGGCCCUCCUAGUUUAUUUCUUCAACUUGAAGGUUCAUAUUGUCCGAAAAAUAAUUUGGAAGAAGCAAUUCUACUUUUGAUGGUUCUUGUGAAGAAAUGUUGCCUGGGUAAGAUAAAAUGGGAUCCAUCAGUGAUGGAGCACCUAAUAUUUGCUCUAUCUUUAUGCAGCCAGACUUCUGUUUUAGCAAAACAACUUGAAGAGGUCAUGCCUGGAGUGUAUCACCGUGUAGAUCGUUGGAAGUCUUUAGCUCUAUGUUAUUGUGCAGCAGGGCAGAAUAAAGUUGCCUUGAAUCUUCUGAGAAAGUGUCUUCACAAACACGAGCAGCCAGAUGAUGUGGCAGCCUUGUUACUGGCAGCCAAGAUUUGUAGUGAGGAUCCUUAUCUUGCUGCUGAAGGUGUUGGAUAUGCCCAGUGGGCAAUGAACAAUUCAGUAGGAAAUGAAGAGCAUUUAAAGGGUGUGGGUCUUCGCUUGUUGGGUCUUUGUUUGGGAAAAGAAGCCAAAAUGUCUUCCUCUGACUUCGAGAGGUCCCGUCUUCAAUCAGAGGCAUUGAAAUCUCUUGAGGCAGCAAGUUCUCUGGAGAGCAAUAACUUAGAUUUGAUUCUUGAGUUAGGAGUACAAUAUUCAGAGUAUCGGAAUUUGAAUGCUGCUUUGCAAUAUGCAAAGAAGUACAUUGAUGAAACCGGUGGCUCUGUCUUAAAAGGCUGGCAGUUGCUUGCUCUUGUUUUGUCUGCCCAAAAGCGAUUUUCAGAGGCUGAAGUAGUCACUGAUGCUGCAAUGGAUGAGACCACAAAAUGGGAACAAGCACCACUUCUCAGACUCAAGGCAAAGCUGAAGAUCUCUCAAUCACUACAUAUGGAUGCUAUUGAAACUUACCGUUAUCUCCUUGCAUUAGUUCAAGCACAAAAGAAAUCCUUUGGGCCACUCAGAAUUAUACCUCAGGUUGAAGAUGAUAAAGUGAAUGAGUUUGAAGUUUGGAACGGUCUGGCAAAUUUAUACUCCAGCCUUUCACAUUGGAAAGAUGCAGAGAUAUGUCUAGGAAAAGCUAAAGAGCUGAAAGAGUUCUCCCCAGAAGUACUACAUACUGAAGGUCUAAUGUGUGAAGGACGUGAGAAGGUCCGAGAAGCUCUAGCUGCUUAUAUCAAUGCCCUCCUACUCGAACCAAGUUAUGUUCCUUGCAAGGUUUUGAUCGGUGCUAUUUGGUCGAAAGCAGGCCCGGAUGCAUUGCCUAUAGCGAGAAGCUUACUUUCAGACGCGUUGAGAUUAGAUCAUACCAACCGCAAGGCAUGGUUUUACUUGGGGACGAUUCAUAGGGACGAAGGACGAAUGGCUGAUGCUAUAGACUGCUUCCAGGCAGCUGCCAUGCUUGAAGAAUCAGAUCCCAUUGAAAGCUUCAGCAGUGUUCUCUAGUCAUCCAUCCAUUCAAGGAGGAUCACUUCGAAUUGGAUCGGCAAUGGGUUUUAGCAUGCACUCAAUAGAUGCAUAUGUUUCACUUUCUCGAGGACCGUAAAGAAGGUAUCGGUGAAGCGUGAAGAAGAACUAUGUUGUAAGUUGUAACUGAAAGAACUUAAUAUAUAAAUUUAAUAAGAUAAAAAACUGUUUCAAAGCUAUAUAAUUUGAAGUUAGGAAGUAUGAAUUGUAGAGAGAUGAGGUGGUGGAUACUUUUCAACAAUUUGAUUUUGUUUUUACCAUUCUUGCUCACCAAUGUAUAUUUAUUCUUGUAACUGAGCAAAUAUUAGAGGAAUUAUACUUUUUUUUAUGUU